UUGCUCGAUUAGUCGUUUCGCCGCCUGUGUGAUUAAGGCAGCGCAAAUAUUGGAAAUACAUACAACUACCUACCUCCUACAUACAUGCAUCUGGUUUGCUUCAGCUAGGUUACUCGAACUUCCCGUCCACGUAUUUCUUCUAGGCCAGCGCUUACUUCUAGCAUAAAACCCCUCUCUUCAUCUAGAGAGAUUUCUACAUCACCAAUACACCUUUUCCCUCAAGCAAAGACAGUUUAUUAUAUUACAACAUCAUGAUGUCUUUUCUCGUCAUUCUCCUACUAACUCUCAUUUCCAAAGCGGCCGCCAUCCCUAUGGUAGGCACCAACGCCAGUCUUUCGAACACUACAUCUCUCGAUAACGUCCAACCUACAACUCUUCCUAAUGGCACACUUAUCUUCAACAACGUGGAAGCGGGUGAUGAACGUUUCAACGAGCACUGGCAGUACGACAACGCCGACGAGUGCACAUAUUCCCUGACCUAUUUCCGCGUCGUCAGUUCCGAGUGCACGGAGUACUGCGAGGCCGACUCCUACAACUGGGGAUAUCGAUACCACCGGCUCCGAUACCACAUCAAGCUCUCCGGCAACGGCCAGUCCUCCGAGUCUUGGUGUAACAACUUCAAGGCCCGGGUGAUGCGCAACUGCGCCGUCCGCCAGCCCGACUUCUUCAACUGCAACACAGGCCGCGCCCCGGCGCAACCGGGCCUCGCUAGCUGGGCCGUCACGCCCGCCGGGGUCGCCGUGGCCCCGGGCAUCAACCUCCGGUUCGACUUCAACCCCGACUGGAACCCGCGCGACGCGCAGCACGACUGCGUCGGGUCCGCCAUCCGCGAGGCGACGUGCGCCGGGACCAUCUUCACCAACGGCCUCAGGUGCAUCCCCGUGCUGUAUAAGUCUCCGAACGCCGGUGCCGCAGAAUUCGACGAGUCCUACGUUCCACCGUAUCCGCGAUGUUUGUACAACUCUGAGGUUCCGGAGGAGGCAAGAUGAAUAGAGGUACCGAUCUAUAGCAGGGUAAAGGGGUAAUUUGACAGUCGAGGAAAUCGCUGCCUACGUCUACUAUGACUACAAAGACUGUUCACAAGUAAU